GGAGGCGCAGGAGAGGCUGCUGGAGCUGCAGGAGGGGCAGGAGGGGCAGGAGGGGCAGGAGAGGCUGCUGGAGCUGCAGGAGGGUCAGGAGAGGCUGCUGGAGCAGCAGGAGGGGAAGGAGAGGCUGCUGGACCGGCAGGAGGGGAAGGAGAGGCUGCUGGAGCAGCAGGAGGGGAAGGAGAGGCUGCUGGAGCAGCAGGAGGGGAAGGAGAGGCUGCUGGAGCAGCAGGAGGGGAAGGAGAGGCUGCUGGACCAGCAGGAGGGGAAGGAGAGGCUGCUGGACCAGCGGGAGGGGAAGGAGAGGCUGCUGGAGGAGCAGGAGGGGAAGGAGAGGCUGCUGGAGGAGCAGGAGGGGCAGCUGCCGCGGCCACUGAAGACACAAAAACCCCAAAAGGUACCGCUGUAAUGCACAAGGAACUAACUGUGUCCAUACCACGAUUCGUUAAAAACGAAAAAGGCGAAUGGGUGGUCACCAUUUGGGGCAUUACCUGGGGCAAAGUUUACCAAGAUACUCGAUUUAAUAUGAACAAGCGUUUCACAAUUCUACGGCAACAGAUCGAGAAAAAUAUGGUUACGGAUUAUUAUCCAAGCUUCACCAGUCUGAGCACCGUCUGCGUUGGCCGCAGCACAAUCUACAAUUUGCCCAAGGUCAUCGACUACCUUCAGAGAUUGGUCUAUACCAAUGCGCACAAACAUCGGCCCAUUUGGACAGGCCUCAGGCGACAGAUGUAUCUGCAGGGCAACAGCGACGAGUGCCAUUCACCAAAAAUAAUCAGAUGGCAGGACUAUAUGGAUUGUGCCCUGCGGCGCAAUCAAAGAAUGGAAUACCUGAUUCCAAAGUAUCCGCUGCAUCAAGUUGGCGCCACAUACGCUGGCACCGAGACAGUCAAGCGGCGUUCUUAGACAGACCAGAAAUGUACAUAUAUCAAUGUGUGUUAUGUUUAUAUGAAUAUGUCGAUCUCAAUGUAUAUCGCGUUUAUAUAUUUAUGCUAAUUUUCUUGACUACAGUGAGCAUUCGAUAUGAUGUGCGCCUAUCACAAUGUUAUCUUAUCUAAUAACAAAACGAUCUUAUUCAAAAAA